UCUGCUCUGCGGAGCCCCAUCCCGCGGCCGCGGCUCCCGCUCUGCAGCAUCCUCCUCCCCGCGGGCGGCCGGGCGAUGCAGCCCGCCCUGGUCCUGGGCCUCCUGGGCGCCGCGGCGCUGGCGGCUGUCAGCUCAGCUCCAGUGGAUAGCAGGGACCACAAUGAAGAAAUGGUGACUCACUGCAUCAUUGAAGUGCUCUCUAACGCCCUGUCCAAGUCCAGUGUUCCAACCAUCACUCCUGAGUGCCGGCAAGUCCUGAAGAAGAGUGGGAAAGAAGUCAAAGAUGAAGAGAAAAGUGAAAAUGAGAACAAAAAGUUUGAAGUAAGAUUAAGAGACCCAGCUGAUGCCUCUCUAGCCCGCCGGCCCGCCAGUAAAGAAGAAGCCAGAGCCACGGGGGAGGACACUCAAGGCCAGGCAAAGGCAGACACUGAGCAGUGGACGGAAGGAGGACACAGCCGAGAGGGAGCAGGGGGGCCCCAGGAGAGGCUCCACCCUUUCGAUAGACAGGUGUCCAAGAGAGCGAAAGCACUCCCUUCUGAGAGGGACAAGGGAGAAGAGAGGGAGGGAGAAGAAGGCGAUAAGGACCCCAAAGCGGGGCACAGAGAGUACGCUGGGGAAGAGAAACACUUUGAAGAACCAGGCGAGAAACAGAACGGCUUCCCCAACAAAAGGAACCAGGGUGCGGCUAAGGAAGAGUCAGUGGCCAGAGCAGAUGCACACUCUGCUGGGCUCUCUGAGCAGACACAUAGCAGGGAGCACAGCAGCCAGGAGAGUGGAGAAGAGACGGGGAGCCAGAAGCAACACCCCUUGGAGCUUAGCAAAGGCGCCCAGAGCCAGGAAGAUUCUGAGGAGAGUGAGGAGGAUGCGGCUUUUGAAGUGGACAAACGCACAAGACCCAGUCCCCACCAUGGGAGGAUCUGGCUGGAUAGGUCCUCUCAAGAAGAGCAUCCUCUAACUGAGGGAAGGGGACGUGCUCUUGAUGGGUCUAAGGACACAGAUGUAGGCACGGCCAGUUUGGGGGAAAAGAGGGGCCACCAUUCAACCCACUACAGGGCUUCGGCGGAAGCGCCUGAUUAUGGGGAAGAAGUGAGAAGUUAUCCAGGUUUCCAGGCUCCCGAAACCCUGGAGGGGCCACAGUAUGGAGUCAGAGGACGUGAGGAGGACAGGCCUUCCCAGCAGAGUGAGGAGAGCCUCGAGGAAGAAUACAAGAGAAAUCGCCCUAGCACAGAGCCUGAAAACACAGAGAACAGAUAUGGUGAAGAAAGCCAGGGAGAGAGGGGUCGUGAGGGGACAAAGGGACAUCAUCACAGAGGUAAGGGAGGUGAGCUAGGUGACACCAGAGAAGAGAAGAGGCUCUUGGGUGAAGGACACUACCGUGUUCACGGAAGCCAGAUGGACCAGGCAAAAGGGCAUCCACAGAGCAAAUGGCAAGAUCAGGAGAGAAGCUACUUCAGCUACAGUGAAGAAGGGGGCCAAGGGAAGUGGCAACCGCAGCAGGAGCACUUGCUAGACCCUGAAGAUAGCAGGAAGGAAGUGGGGCUUCAAGGGAGGCAGUAUGCCCCCUAUCGCACCCCUGAAAGGAGGAAGAGGCUUGGGGUGCUGUUCAACCCCUACUUUGACCCUCUCCAGUGGAAGAACAGCGAUUUUCAGAAAAAAGACAGUGUGGAUGACAGUUUUCUUGAGGGUGAAGAUGAAAACAGGCUGACCUUGGCUGAGAAGAACUUCUUCCCAAAAUACAACCAUGACUGGUGGGAGAGAAGGCCCUUCUCUGACGACGUGAACUGGGGGUUUGAGAAGAGAAGCUUUGCCAGGGCUCCUGAGCUGGACUUGAAAGGGCAGUAUGACGGAGUAGCCGAGCUGGACCAGCUCCUCCACUACAAGAAGAAGUCAGCCGAGUUUCCUGACUUCUACGACUCUGAGGAGCAGAUGGGGCCUCGCCAGGAGGCAGAAAGUGGAAAGGAUAGGGCCAACCAGAGGGUCCUGACAGAGGAAGAGGAAAAGGAACUGGAAAACUUGGCCGCGAUGGACUUGGAACUACAAAAGAUAGCUGAGAAGUUUGGCCAAACGGGCUGAUGGUUGUUGGAGAAAUGGACGGUUUUCACCACUUCCUGAAUGACACCACUUAUUCACUCGAGGCAGAAAAGUAGAACUUACUAUUUAUUAAGUGUUUGACACAGUUGGAAAUAUCUUUACUCUUUCCAGAAUGCUAUUGAAAAUAUGACUAGCAUGAGCUGUAGCAUAUUCUUUCAUGCAAAAUAAACUAUUAGUAGCUUGUGACAGUAGCUAUGCCGCUGUCUUUGAAAAAAAAUGUUUGUCUCAGUUUGAACCAAUAAAAGAUUUACCUGAGACAAACA